AUGUUCUGCUGUCUGAAUCUGCAAAACUUGGAAAACCAAAGCGGAUUGGUGAGCAGCGAUCGACAGUUGGUACCUAAGGGUGCUAGAUAUUUGGAUACAGAUGCGCUGCGCGAUAUAGUAGACAACAAAAAUCUUUACGAAGGAUUCGAAACAUUCAAAAAUAAACCUGAAGAAAGACAAAAUAUGUUUUGGGAUUGGAUCACUACAAAAGCACCUACGAGAAGUCAGUUGAAAGAGAAGCUCAAUGGAGCUGAUUUUGUAUGUGGUCGUGGGCUACUUAAACGAGUAGCAAACGCUCCGUAUACUUAUGCUCACCGAAAAUCAAAGGAUAAUUACUGGAGGAUUUCUGCUAAACGCGUCGGUGACGUAAUCUUUCUUUGUGAAAGUGAACGUUAUCGAAACCACAAGCUGCCUCAAAAUGAGCAACGUGAAGUAUAUCGUGGCUUCAGUUUUGGCGAGUACGUUACAGAGACAAGAAGAGAUGUUACUUUGGCAACAGAUGAGCCGGCCACAAACAUCGAUGAAUUUGUAGCAGUAAUGCAGUCCACGUUGGCUUUAAGUUCCAAAUCCCAAAAGCCUCUGAAUUUACUCUAUAACGGAGAAAUUGACGCACUCUACAAAGAGAACGGAGUCCCCGUAGAGUUGAAGGUGACAAAGGUGUCACAUUUGUUAACAAAUCUUAGUCGAAAGGGAGAUAAGCUCAGCCGUACACAAUGGGAAUGGUUCUUGCACUCGUAUUUUAUGGGCAUCACCGACAUUUAUGUUUGCUAUGAUAAUGAAGAAGGAGUUGUCAAAGAGGUUGAAAAAAAGUCCGUUAAAGACCUUUUCGAAGCAAGCAAAGUAAACGUAUGCAUGAACGUGCUCUAUAAAGUGUUGAACGAGAUAAAAUCAAUCUUAGAAAGUGAUGGUGAUGUCUGUGUCGUCGAGCAUUUGAAAGGUAGCGUCGAAGCAAAAAUCUGUCGUGUGGCUUCUACAAAUUUUUUCUCCCCCAAGUUCAAAGAGCAAUUUGGAGUGGAUUAA